CGACUUUGUCUCUAAAAAUGUUGUAGGUUUAGUAUGGGUACCGUACUGGAACUACGUUUGCAGGAUUCCAUUUUUCCUCAUCAUUAUUCUCUGUCCUCCCAGGUGCAGCAAGCUAAAGAAAUGUCGUCGCCGACGUCCAACAAUCGCCGCAAGAGCAAGGCUGCGUGGUCUAACGAAGACGAUAUCCGCCUGUGCCGCGCCUUCGUACUGGCCACGCAGGACAGCGAUGGAACUGAGCACGUCAAGAACAUGUGGACUCGCGUAUACACACACUACGCGAAGCUGGUUGACGAGGAGGAUCCCGGCGCCGCGCCUCGUGCUGGAGGCGCGCUGCAGACCCACUGGUCGUCGUUCAUCCGGCCCGAGUCGUCCUUCUUCAUGUCGCUUCUGGUGAAGGUUGAGAAAGAGGAGCACGAAGGUUGGAAAGAGGAGGAUUUUAUCAUGGAGGCCAAGCAUCGCUUCGAGACCAUCCGUCAAGCCGAGGAAGCAGAGACCCUGCGCGCUUACAGGGAGUCUACGCAGCAAGCCAUCUUGGAAAAUACCGAGCCACCAGCAAAACCCAAGACCAAAGCUACUACCUUCCGAUACGCUCACUGCAUUCCAGUGCUGAAAACGAGCAAUCGUUUUAUGCGCGCAGUGCUGUCGGAGAAGAAGACGCGUGUGGCGCGCUCCCCCACACAGAAGCGGCGAGGCCGUCGACCGAAGCUCCCCAGCGAUGCUGACGAGAUGAUGAAUGGAUCAGAAGCUUCGUACGACAGUGCUGAGCUACAGGGUAAGGCUUCUCCAAAGCGUCGAAAGGAGAGUGUAGCUUCUUCUGCUGCCUCAGCUUCGGCAUCUGCAUCGUCAUCGUCGAGCUCGAGCGAUGAUUCCAGCGACGAUGGCGCUCCCAUGCCCAAGGGCGUGGCUUCCGUGGCGGCUCCUGUGGCGACUCCGUCACAAACCGUACAGCUGCCAAUUGCACAAGAGAGUCGAAUUCCGCAUGCCAACACUCAAAACGGCAGCUACGCUGCUAAGGCGCAAGUGGUUCGGUCGCAGCGCUCCCAGCAGAAAGCGAACUACCGACUGAAGCUGCUGGCCGAGCUGCGAGGAAUCGUGGAGACCAUUUCGCAACUCGCCAACCAGCUCGAGAAUGGUACGGCAGCACCGAUGGGAAUGGCUGCCGGGAGCCGACUGGAUCCAACACUGGCGGAAGAGGUGCAGCAGGACCUGCGCUUUUUCCGUGAGCAAAAGCUUCGUUUAAAGCAUGAGCUUGACGCGCUGGACGCGUCCGAAGUCCAGAGUUGAAGAAGACGACAGAGAUGAAUGUAGUACUUUUAAUCUCUUAAGCAGCUAAUUACGUGCAUCAUUUCGAUGCGAACAGUAAGGACAUCCACUGUGGAUAUGGGUAAGUCGAAUAAGUUUAAGAUUUUGGUGUAGUAAAGUCAAGAGGAUAUUUUUCAUUUUGGUUGCUGACACGUGGAGCUCUGUGCAGACAACGUUGUAUAUUGGCGUGCGUGUGCGAAAUGCAUCCCGACGAGGGAAUUCUGGUCGAAAUCGUCUUCGUGUAUGGAGCGGGUUCAGUGUCUAGCUUGC